GGCCGUCCUCCCCGCGCCGUCGGGGGCGGGCCCGGGUGGGGCCGCCGCCGAGCGGAGCGCCGCCGGCCUGGGCGAGUAGUCCAGGGACGCGGGAUGCUCCGCACGCUACCUCGCGGCCACUGAGGCCUCCCGCCUGCCCGCCUUGUCACCUCGCCGCCUCGCUCACCCCGGCUCCGGCCCCGGCGCCCGCCAGACCCGAGAGGUGUUUAUGAAAAAAAAUUCCACAGUUUGGAUGUGAGAAAGGACAUGAGGAGACCAAAGACCUGGGAUUUUGCUAAUCAGAAUGAAACAAAUGUUGAAAGACUUUUCAAAUCUAUUGUUGGUGGUACUCUGUGACUAUGUUCUUGGAGAAGCCGAGCAUCUCCUCUUGGAAAAGCCAGGCCAUGUAGCUCUAAGCAACAACACGGUGUCUGUGGAUUUCCGGCGUUUCGGUGGUGCCAACGGGACACUGCGCAAUGUGUCUGUCCUGUUGCUGGAGGCCAGCACCAAUCAGACGGUGACCGCCAAAUACCUCCUGACCAACCAGUCCCAGGGAACACUGGAGUUUGAAUGCUUCUACUUCAAGGAGGCUGGAGACUACUGGUUCACGAUGGCUCUGGAGGCGGCCCACAAUGGCACUCAAGUCAGCCACUGGGAGCAAAGAGCCUUUCUCAAGGUCGAAUGGCCCGUCUUUCACAUUGACUUGAAUAGGACGUCCAAGGCGGCGGAAGGCACCUUCCAGGUGGGCCUUUUCACCCAUCAGCCACUGUGCUCCUUCCCUACGGACCAGCCUGACAUCUUGGUGGACGUCAUCUUUACCAACAGUCUGCCCGAGGCAAGAACAAGUCCAGGUCAGCCGCUGGAGAUCAGAACCAGCAAGAGGACAGAACUCUCUCAAGGUCAGUGGCUUCAGUUUGGCUGUGCGCCCGUGGGGCCGGAAGCCUACGUCAUGGUGGUGCUGAAGCUGUUUGGCCGAGACUCGGUCAUUACCUCCACAGGACCCAUUGACCUGGCCCAGAAAUUUGGAUACAAACUGGUGAUGGCACCAGAACUCACGUGUGAGUCCGGGGUGGAGGUGACAGUCUUGCCCCCACCGUGCAUCUUUGUCCAAGGAGUGAUCACGGUCUUCAAGGAGGCCCCCAGACGCCCUGGGGAAAGGACCAUUCAGCUAGCUGAAAACAGCCUGACCUUGGGAGAGAGGAGAACCGUAUUCAACUGCACUUUGUUUGACAUGGGGAGGAAUAAAUACUGCUUUGACUUUGGCGUUCCAAGCAGAAGCCAUUUUUCCACAAAGGAGAGGGAGUGCAUGCUAAUUCAGAGAAACAUAGGGCACCUGGCCAUCAAGAACGAGCUCCUUCAACCUCCCACCAAAAUGUCUGUAAGCCUACAUCCAUUGGUCUCCUUUAUUGUCACCAUGGAAGGAGUGUCACCCCUCCAAUGCAAGGUCAGCCUUCUCCUCCACUGUGGAUCCCAGUCCCUCGGCUCCUAUCCGGAAUCCUCUGUUCAUCAUCAUCCCCUCUCUCUCCUCCGUCUAACAGUCCUUUAA